GCCCCUGGUGAAAUGGUGACUGACACUCGACUCCGCCGUGUGUAGGUGACACCGAAUCAUUGUCAUUCCCUUUUGCGCUGGAGUAAAGGAGGCCAGAUCAAAGGAAUACGCUGCCUAGAAGCAAAAGCUCGCUGGUUACCUUCCAGGUAGUGCUUGCCGUACUUAAUUGCUCAAGAGCCGCGGCAGAAGUUCCUUCAUUUCAUCGGUGCUGCACAACCUUGCUCGUUCCUGUCUAGCUGUUUCCUUGCGAUGCCUCGUCGCGCUGCUAGUUCUUUCGUCAACGACCCCUCCAACGUUCCCUCUUCUUCUGCCUCCGCAAAGGGUGGUAUCGCCAUCAAGGCGUCCGCCGUUAAACCUAACCGCCUAAGUCAGCUAUUUUCGACCUCUCCUAAGUCCAAGGCCGAAUCUCAGACUGCGCAGGCCGCUGUCCAGUCGGCCAGUGGAAUCCUGAACUCUAGCACAGCCACCCCACCCAUCAGUUCAGCCUCUCUGUCGCUGCCUACAAUCUCUCUCUCCACUGCCACAGCGGAUAAUCCGAACAUGGACGAACCACCGACCACUCUCUUUCAGCCGCCUUCGCCCGAAGAGGCUCGUCGCCUGGCUAAGCAACAUGCUCAGUUCGGCCCCAUCGGCCACCAUAGCCACCGGUACACCAGUCAGCAUCCCGGUGGUACCUUUCCGGAGCCUGUGAUGGACGAACCCCCGUAUUAUUACCUUCUCACCACCUAUAUCAGUUAUCUUAUCCUAAUCGCUUUCGGUCAUGUGCGAGACUUCUUUGGAAAGCGCUUCCGCGAAGAGAACUAUCGGCAUCUUAAGCCCCAGAAUGGAUAUGGCGCCCUGAACAGUGACUUCGACAACUUCUACGUGCGCCGUCUCAAAUUGCGAAUUAACGAUUGCUUCGAACGUCCCGUCACUGGGGUUCCUGGUCGCUAUAUCACGUUGAUCGAUCGGGCCACGGAUGACCACAACAAGCACUUCUACUUCACUGGAACGACCACUGACACCUUGAACCUGAGCUCAUACAACUACCUUGGAUUUGCUCAAUCCGAGGGUCCAUGUGCGGACAUUGCUGAGGAUUCGAUCCGCAAGUAUGGUAUCGUUUCCCCCAGUACUCGCGCUGAGGUUGGAUCCCAGGAUCUUCAUGUGGAGGUAGAGGACUUGGUCGCCAAGUUCGUUGGCAAAGAGGCUUCCAUGGUUUUCUCCAUGGGCUUUGGUACCAACGCGAACAUCUUCCCCGCUCUAGUGAACAAGGGCUGUCUUAUCAUUUCCGACGAGCUCAAUCAUGCCUCGAUUCGGUUUGGUGCACGUCUUUCGGGUGCUUCCAUUGCCAUGUUCAAGCACAAUGACAUGCGGGAUCUGGAGUGUAAACUGCGCGAAGCUAUCAGCCAAGGUCAACCCCGUACCCAUCGGCCGUGGAAGAAGAUCUUGGUUGUCGUUGAAGGGCUCUAUUCCAUGGAAGGUUCCAUGUGCAACCUCCCUGGACUGGUCAUGCUGAAGAGGCGCUACAAGUUCCACCUGUUCGUUGAUGAGGCCCAUUCCAUUGGUGCCAUUGGUCCUAAGGGUCGUGGUGUUUGUGACUACUUUGGAAUUGACACCAGCGAAGUUGACAUUCUUAUGGGAACCCUCACAAAGUCUUUCGGUGCCAACGGUGGAUACAUCGCCGCGGAUAAGGCAAUGAUUGAUGUGCUUAGAGCGACCAACUCUGGUGUUUUCUAUGGCGAGGCUCCUGCUCCGGCAGUUUUGGCGCAAAUCAUGUCGGCGUUGCGGAUCAUCAACGGCGAACUCAUCCCCGGUCAGGGUGAAGAGCGGCUGCAGCGUUUGGCCUUCAACUCACGGUAUCUCCGCCUGGGCUUGAAGCGUCUUGGCUUUAUAGUGUACGGCCACGAUGAUUCGCCGAUCAUCCCUGUUCUCCUUUUCAACCCUGCCAAAAUGCCCGCCUUUUCCCACGAAAUGCUAAAGCGGAAAAUCUCGGUCGUCGUCGUGGGUUAUCCUGCUACGCCGCUGGUAUCUUCUCGUGCCCGUUUUUGCGUCUCUGCUGCGCACACCAAGGAGGAUCUUGACCGCAUCCUAACAGCUUGCGACGAAAUCGGCAAUGUCCUGCAGCUCAAGUUUUCGACAGGCAUCGCGGGAGGUGCCCUGCCGGAGGAUGCGAUGCCCCCUCCGGAGAAGGAACAAGAGUUGCAUCGCAAACGCAACUCCAAGAUCAUUCCUCCUAGAUGGCAGAUUGAGGAUGUGAUCAGACGAGGCGUUCAAGAUGUCAAGUCGCCACUUUAUUAGUUGGCCGUUUACUGGUCUCUUAACAACCUGCCUUCUGCACCACCGAACCACGUCGAUGAUUCUCGACGAUGUUGUCGCACAUAUGUCCGGAAGGUGCCCACCACAUGAACCAGAUCGAUCCAAUACUGGUCACGCCGCGUCGC